AUGCGUACAGUGGAUGCGGUUAUGGGAGCAUAUGAUCCCCUAAAAUUUGACCUAGUUGGUCAAUCACAAGCACUUUUGCAUAAAAUCGAGCGUCACACACAAACCAUUCCUGCUAGGGCGUACCUAGAAUCCGCACUAAAAGAGUCGCCCCAAUUGAAUGUAUCCAAAGUUCUGAGCGCGAUCUCCCGGCUCAUGUCUAUUCCUGCCUUGACGGUCUUAGUCGCCGAUAAUUUCCUCCCUCUCCUGAUGGAUCUUUGCGCGCGGUGGCUAGAUGAUGAUGACGUUGAUGAAGUCGAUCGGCUUGUGGCCUUGUGUUUACUCGUAGAGCCCUACGAAGAAAUUUUCCCUAUCCUGGCAGCGUACUUACGUCGCACCUCCCUCUCUCAUGGUCCUCUCCGAUUCCUCAUUGAGCCUGAUCUAGUGAUGUCCGAAGUCCCCGCUCUACACCUCCAACGAAUCCUAAUUGCCUAUUAUCGCCUGCUCGGCGCAGAUCCAAGUACACCAGCUCGUUUGGGCUGGUCUGCUGCGCUUCUUCAAGUCCUAUUCCGACCAGUGCUCGGAGAAUCAUCUCCUCAUCCCAACCAUGCUGUACGGUGGCUUGCCCUCCGUUGCUUUGGUCUCCAAACCCAUCUGAGCGAAAUCACAAGGACACAGCUGGAGACCGAAUUCGUUAAUGUACACGAUGCCGAGCUCAUAGAACUACAUGUCGGGUGUGAAUUGGAUACAGCUCCUAACCUAAAGGAAAUUAUUAUGGACGCUCGCGUCUUUCCCCUGGCCGAAAUUAGAAGAAUACAAACGAAACGAGAACAGCUAGCCCAACAACCUAUUCAUUCAUUCUUCCCCUCACAUGUAACGGUCGCGCAAAUCAUCGAGUCCGACCUCAGUCGUUGGAUCGUUAACGUUUCUAAUGUAUGCAAAAUCGUUGAUAGGAUCUUAUGUUUCCGCAUCUGCAACCCAAGAUCUACAGGGAGUUUUGAAUGGCAAGAUGGUGCCAUCCCACGCGCUCUGCGAUCCGGGAAAUGGCUAGUACUCGCAGACGUGGAUCGUGCAAGUACUGAAGUUCUUGCCACUUUCCUUCCUCUUGUCGAGAAUAUGCGUCCCGGAAAAUUCAUUGGAGAGCUACCCUCUCUUGAUUUGGGAGGUGGGCGUGGGCGCAUCCAGGGAGCACCUAGCUUCAUGUUGUUCGGAAUGCGAUCUGUGGGUAAGAUCAUCAACGACAAGGCCCAUGUAUAUGCUCCACCAACAUUCUUUGGACAUAAGCAUUGGUUCGAGGUCCAGUUUCUUCCGCCUUCCGUUGAGGAACUAGUAUCAAUUGUCCAAAAACGCUUUUCCGGCUUCGAGGAUAACGUAUCGUUCGCCAUCGUUACUUUUUGGCAACAAAUGAAGGAUACCGCUCAAACCCUUACAAAGGCUAGGGAUGUUGGCAUGCGUGAUCUAGAAAAGUUUUGUGCGCGACUGGAGCAAUUAUCGCUACCUAAUACAUCGUCAUCAACGCGGGGUUCCUCGCUCUCUCGACUGUUUCCCAAUCAUGUUAUACGGGAGGACAUUCUCUUGGAAGCCCGGGAUGUCUUUUUUGCUGCGUACGAGCUUGGGACACAACAUUUUAACUUGCUCGCCCACCGUGCUACAGCUCUACUCGAUUUGGAUGAUGAGCGCGCUAGCUGGGUUUUAUCCAAACGCACUCCUCAACACUCCAUGCGCAAGACUGGUGACGUUAUUAUAGGUCGUUCCCAACUUCAAAAAAAUGCUUCAGCAAGUAUUUCCGACUUGGGCGUUUCGAAAAACUUUGCAUUACACCGACCUGCCCUGACUCUCCUCGAAAGCAUUGCUACGUCCGUCAAAACUCGUGAAUCAAUUCUGCUUGUAGGAGAGACGGGAACCGGAAAAACGACCUCAGUUCAGCAUGCCGCGCAACUCACCCAUACACCACUUGUGGUACUAAAUUUAUCUAAUCAGAGCGAAGCAUCCGACCUUCUCGGCGGGUUUCGGCCUAUAGAUGCGCGUGUGCCUGCUGGGAAACUCCAAGAGAUGUUUACCGAGCUGUUCGGUGAAACUUUUAGUCGCAAGAAAAACAAGCCUUUCGAGGACGCUGUACGGUCGGCCUACGUCGGAGGUAAGUGGGCCCGGGUAGUGAAAAUGUGGAGGAAGCUGGGAAAAUGGCUGGUGUCGACAACGCCCGAGACCAAGCCGAAAGGUGAUCGGGUGGAAGAGGCCUCGCAUGGGGAGCAAUCCGAAGGACCCAGGAAACGGAGAAAGCUGAAUUCAGAGUGGGAGAAUUUUAUGCGAGAAGUGGACGAAUUCGAUGCUGCCCAUGUCAAGGGGCAAUCAAAAUUCGUUUUCUCAUUCGUAGAAGGACCUCUUGUCACAGCGCUAAGAAACGGUCAUUGGAUUCUGUUGGACGAAGUUAACUUGGCAAGCUCUGAAACUCUUGAGUGCAUUUCUAGCAUCCUCCAGGGUCCCCAUGGAUCAGUCACACUAACCGAAGCUGGUCAAUUGGAUCCCGUUCCAAGGCAUCCAGGAUUCCGUCUUUUUGCCUGCAUGAACCCAGCCACUGAUGCUGGAAAGAAGGACCUUCCACCAAAUAUCCGUUCUCGAUUCACUGAAUUCUACGUCCCUCCCCCCGAUGCUGAUGAGGAAGCUCUACGAAGUAUGGUUCAACAAUAUAUCGGCCACUGCUCACUCGGAGAUAAGGUUGCUAUUACUGACGUUGCAGACUUCUACAUUACUGCCAAGCGCCUCACCGCGACACGACAGCUUGCCGAUGGACAAAAUCACGUCCCGCAUUUCAGCAUGCGCACUUUAGCCCGCGCGUUGACCUUUGCUUCUGACUUGACUCCUAUCAUGAAGCUUCGUCGAGCACUCUGGGAGGGUAUAGCAAUGGCAUUUACCAUGACAUUAGAUACCAAGAGUGCCGAGGUGCUGCGUUCUGCGGCCGAAAAACAUAUACUUGGUGGUAUCAAAAACCUGCCAGCACUCCUCAACCAGAACGUUCCUUCCCCCGAUAACGAGGCACAGGAGAAUUACAUUCAACUUGGUCCUUUUUGGCUAUUGCGUGGGCCCGAACCUGUAAAAUCGGUGGACGAAUAUAUCCUAACACCAUCUGUUCAAAAAAAGCUCAUUGACUUGGCUCGUAUUGUUACAACCCGCCGUUUCCCUGUCCUGAUCGAAGGACCAACCUCAAGUGGCAAAACGAGUUCCGUUGAAUAUCUCGCCAAACAGACUGGGCACCGGUUUGUACGAAUCAACAAUCACGAACACACCGACCUCCAAGAAUAUCUUGGUUCAUAUAUGACUGAUCCUGCUACCGGUAAACUCAAAUUCCAAGACGGGGUCCUCGUUAGGGCAUUGCGGGCUGGCGAUUGGAUUGUACUCGACGAGCUUAAUUUGGCACCAACUGACGUUCUUGAAGCCCUCAAUCGACUACUCGAUGACAACCGCGAGUUGGUGGUACCGGAAACCAAUGAAAUCAUUCGACCCCACCCGAACUUCAUGCUCUUUGCUACUCAAAAUCCGCCCGGCUUAUAUGCAGGUCGCAAGGUUCUCUCCCGUGCUUUCCGAAAUAGAUUCCUCGAGGUUCAUUUCGACGAUGUUCCUCAAGAUGAACUCGAAACAAUUCUGUGUCAGCGUUGCGGAAUCGCGCAGUCUCAUGGUCGAAAGAUUGUUGCCGUCUUCCAGGAGCUCCAAAAGCGCCGACAAGUCGAGCGGGUCUUUGAAACCAAGAAUAGCUUUGCUACUCUACGUGACCUGUUCCGCUGGGCAAAUCGACACUCUGAAGGAUACACCGAAAAUGCUACGGGUGGGAAUUACCAACACAUUGCCGAACAAGGGUAUAUGCUUCUGGCAGAGCGCGCUCGUAGAGCGGAUGAUCGUGCGGUGGUCAAGGCCGUUAUUGAGGACAUCAUGAAGGUCAAGAUUGAUGAACAUGCACUGUACGAUUUGACAAGCAAAGGGUCUCAAGAACGGAUUGGCAUCCCAGUCCCUACGAGGUCGAAUAUUAUUUGGACUGGUGCUAUGAGCAGACUUUUUACACUGGUAGCCGCCGCCCUCCGAUACAACGAACCCGUCCUUCUCAUCGGAGAAACUGGCUCAGGAAAAACUUCCGUCUGCGAAUUGCUUGCGCUGGCUAUGGACCGAUCGUUAUACAGCCUGAGCUGCCAUCAAAACACCGAGACAGCAGACCUUCUAGGUAGCCAGCGGCCUCUUCGGAACAGACAGGUUCUACGGGAUACAGCCAUUCUCGAAGCCACACAGCUCCUACAUAGCAUAGGCUUUAUCACAGAGAAGACAGUUCCCAGCGAGCUCAAUCACACUAUCCGCCUGGUGGAAUCUGCACUGAAAUCGUGUCCGGUUGAGCAGGCUACUGGACUAAGAGAAGCUCUUUCUGCUUUGAAUCGAUCGACUUCCCUUUUCGAAUGGCACGAUGGCCCACUUAUCCAAGCCAUGCGCGAAGGCGGACUCUUUUUACUGGACGAAAUUUCCCUGGCCGAUGACUCUGUAUUGGAGCGCUUGAACAGUGUUCUGGAGCCGUCACGACAACUGGUGCUCGCCGAGAAGGGCGGCGAUGACUUUUCGCUGCUAACUAUCACGGCCAAAGCCGAGUUCCAGUUGGUCGCAACUAUGAAUCCAGGAGGCGAUUAUGGAAAGAAGGAACUAUCACCAGCAUUGCGCAACCGGUUCACGGAAAUAUGGGUGCCUCACGUCGACCAGCGCGCUGAUCUAUUUGACAUUAUCCAGCAUAGUUGGAAAGAUGGGCGUUUGCAUGCAUAUACCUCGAAGCUUCUCGAUUUUGCCGAGUAUACAGGAACCAUACUAAAAGACAGGAGCGUUGUGGGUCUACGAGAUCUAUUGGCAUGGGUUUCAUUCUCGAAUUUCUGUACGACUUCAACCACGCUUUCCCUUGAUGUUAUCUUUCACCAUUCUGCCCGAUUGACAAUCCUCGACGGGAUCCCUACCUUGAGCUCAGUUGCAUCGCUUCCAUUGUCCGAAAUAUCUCGCUUACGAUUGGGCUUGGAAGAAAAACUCCACGAGCUUGUUCCCCUAUCCUCCGGACAUGUCAAGCUCGAAGAAACUUUAGAUAUCGGAGUCCGUAACAAUCAAUUUUGGGUCGGGUCCUUUUCAGUAGCUAUUGGCAACCUUGAACCCAUCAAAAGCAACUUGAGUCUACACGCCCCCACCACUCUUAUGAAUGCCUCUCGUGUUGUUCGGGCCCUUCAAAUCCCAAAACCACUUCUGCUCGAGGGGAGCCCUGGUGUCGGAAAGACUAGUCUGAUUCUUGCACUGGCAGCGAUGUCUGGGCAUCCUUUGUGUCGUAUUAAUCUCUCAGACCAAACGGAUCUCAUAGACCUAUUUGGGUCUGAUAUGCCCAUAGAAGGGGGGAAUCCCGGAGAAUUCGCUUGGAGGGAUGCUGCUUUCCUGAGGGCUAUGCAAAACGGGGAUUGGGUACUUUUGGAUGAAAUGAACUUAGCGCCGCAAGCAGUCCUUGAAGGGCUCAACGCGGUCCUGGACCACCGCGGUACCGUAUUCAUCCCAGAGCUAGGCCGGGAGUUUACGAAGCACCCCAAUUUUCGUGUGUUUGCCGCGCAGAACCCCCUUGGACAGGGCGGGGGCCGCAAAGGUUUACCCAAAUCAUUUGUCAAUCGAUUUACCAAGGUUUUCGUCGAAGCGCUAUCGCGAGAUGAUCUUCAAGCUAUAUGCGGGUUGAUAGACUCGGAUCUAGGUAGCGGCCUUGCUGAUAUGUUGACAUUCAACGAGCGUCUAUGCGAGCAAGUAAUUAAUAACGGUCGUUUCGGACGUGAAGGCAGUCCUUGGGAAUUCAAUCUCCGAGAUCUCAUUCGAUGGAUAUCCCUUUGGAAAUCUCCCGGUCUACCCUUUACGGAUUCACCGUACGAAUAUAUAGAGGAUGCUUACCUCGCUCGUUUCCGCUCAUUUGAUGAUCGACAAUAUGGUCGCGCUCUCUACGAUUCGGGUGACCCCGAAACGUUUACUACUCGCAGGCUAAUAUCCGUAGGAUUGAAUCAGGUACAAUUCGGUCAUACUCUAAGCUCUAGGAGCUCUGGACUCGUAUUGCCUCCAUCGUUGGCGCUGCUUCAAGACCAAUCGUUGAACAUGGAAGUCGCUUCGAAGUGCAUUGACUCUGGUUGGCUCUUAAUUUUGAAUGGGCCAACACAUUCGGGAAAGACCUCGCUGAUCCGAGCGAUUGCUUCGUUGCGUGGUGAAGACCUCAGGGAGUUCUGUAUGAGCCCAGGGACCGAUGCAACUGACCUUUUAGGUGGAUUUGAGCACUCAAAUAGGGAGCUCAGCCUGAGGAAUCUACUCUCUCAUAUCAAUACAUUCCUGGAAAUGGCCCUUGUGUUAACUGGAUCACUGAAUUCGAAGCUAACCAACCUAUCUCAAUCUCUUGCUACUGCUUUGGAGGCCUCUGGACCGGAGAAAUCGGCGCACUCUGUAAGCCUACUAAAAGAAAUUCGCCACCAACUCGUAGAACUUCAUGGAUCCACCUCAAGCAAAGUCGUAGACCGAAUUGACAAUUUCAUCCUUCAAGAUCCUUCUUCACCUGGACGCUUCGAGUGGAUUGAUGGUCCUUUAGUGAAGGCCAUGAAGGAGGGCCAGUGGCUGGUACUUGACCACUGCAACUUGUGCAAUCCCGCAGUUUUGGAUCGGCUGAAUUCAUUAUGUGAAACCGAUGGUGUACUAGUUCUCAGCGAAAGGGGCACUAUCGAUGGAGAAAUCCCCGUGAUUGUGCCACAUCCCAACUUCCGCCUUUUCAUGUUACUCAAUAGUCGCUACGGAGAGCUUUCUCGUGCUAUGCGUAAUCGAGGGAUUGAAGUUACUAUGGCUCCUGUGAAGAACCCAACAGAUAUAGCAAGAAUUCGGCAGAGUGCACGUCUAAUUUCAUCCUUCGAAAGCAAUCAAGAUUCGUUGACCGAAGACACCGUUCUCAUACAACUUAUCCGGCGAGGAUUGGCUCUGAGGGGUUCGGACCAGGUUGGGACCAAGAGGGUCCCCAUCUGCCCAACCUCUGUCCUGGAUGCCCCUCUUGGAAUAAAAAAAGAUACGAAGGAAGACAUUGCUAAAUUGUUGUUUAUGGCCACGAGCGUGUCCAGGGACUCCUGGUACAUCUUAUCACACUAUCUUAGCGCAUUCGGGCAUCGUAAUAUAGCACAGCUUUGGAUCAAUCUAUCUGGGCAUCACAUCCUCGAAAAUUCUGACAGCUUGGGCGCACGUGUCGGAACUGAGCGGGGCGUGUCAUCUCCAUUUCUCCUUUCCCAGCCCGUCCUACAUCAUUUGAACACAAAUCUCGUGACACCAUCUCUUGUCCCUGGGCUAUACCAUGAGUCAGUCAUGCAAGAGCUUGGAUGGGAGGCUGUUGUACAAGCCCAAACAUUACCGCUAGUAAACCCCUUAACAAACGCUCCAUCUAAUGACUUGCUGUCGAUCAUGGACAAGUCCAGACUCGUCUGGGGAGGCUUAGGCGCGGUAGUCAAUAUCCCACAUUACGUCCGCUCGAUCGCUCCAUUUUUAUCCGCUCUGAACCACGCAUGUCAAUCCUCUCUGAACACGCCAGAUGUCUUGGGUGAAACUAGGGCCAUCGGUUUAGCUCGAAAGCUGUGCGAUUACAGCAAAGUUUUACAAGCUAUAAUAGAUGCUCCAUACGCCGAUUUUGCUGCCAUUCAAACUGUUGUUCAACUAGUUGGAGUUGCUUUGAGCGAGUUCAGUUCCUCAUCGGUACACUUCCAGCAGGCCGUAGAAAUAACGAACAAGUUAAUGCAAGACGUGCGCUUGAAGUCGGGCCAGGGGAUGCUUCAAAUAUGGUCAAUUAUGCAACAGCCUACGCCAACCCAAUCCACCCAAGACCUCAUCUCGAGAAUAGCAAUCGGCCCUGGCUCUUUAUUUGGCGCAGAUGGGCGUAGAGAAAGGCUCGAAAUAAUAGCUAUGCUGUACAUACAGGAAUCAUCCGAACUAAUUGAGUGUGCUAAUAAAAUCCUAAAGGUCGAGACUGAACGAGCUUCCACAAUCGCUGACGAUACUAUGAUGGGGUUCGACCACCAGGAAACCUGUAUCGCAAUGGCGGUGAUUAUGUCCCGGGCGUUCCGAGGUACUUCCACAGCCCAGAUAAAUGCGGUAUUCUUCGAUGCUGCAUGCCGAGUUCCUAGCCUUGAUUUACGGGCACUAGCGUUUCUACGACUUCUUCUCUGGGAAGUUGAUCUACCCAUAAUGAAACCUUCCGAUUCUUUAUUGCUACCAGAAGUUUCAUUGCGGUUAUUGAAUCGCCAUAACCCGCACAUGCUCUUCGCCAUCCAGCUACAGUGGAUGAGAGCGUGUUGGUCAGCGUCAGAAAGCCAGACCCCCACCCUGGGUCCUCAAUCAAUGCUAAUGUCCGUUGAGUAUCCUGCAUGCCUUGCACGAUGCGACCCUUCCUCCAUACGCCUCGGCUCAUAUGAUCAAUAUCGAGAGCGCAUUCAAACACAAGGACUCCGAAUCAAAGCACAAGCAUACCUACCGCCAAAUGAGAGAAUCUUAUCACUUGCCACCAUAUGGGCCCACUCCGUUUCCUUGAUUUUGGCAUCUUUCAGCUCUCAGCUUACUGAAGGGGAACAACACCAGAUUUCGCGGAUUCAAGAAAAUCUCCACCGUACUAUAGAUGAGCGAUCUGCAUGCCUUGCAAUGACCGAGCUAGCAUUAUUCCUGUGCAAAUGCUCUUGUUCGCUUUUAGCACAAAUGGCUCAGAAGCAUCUCUCCGAUCUCAAUAAUUCACUCGAUCUGGUAGCCUUUGAUAGUAUUUCUGCUACUAAGUUUAUCGGAGAGGCUUGGAUUCGGUGUGCAUACAUGCUCUUGGAGCUAUACUUCCCUGAUGUGGCUAUGGACCCACUGGGUGGACAAGCUACCCACCGUCACCUCUGGGAGAUCCGAACCGAGUGGUUGGAACUAUAUGAGCAGGCCCUAGAACUAGGCCGGCAGCUCGGGCUUGGAACAAAUUAUGAUUCGGGACUUAGGCGUUUGUAUGAUUCAACAUGCGAGGCACGAAAACAGUAUGACCAACUCAAGCCUACCACGGUUCGCGGACCCGAGCACUUGCGACACCUCACUGAGAUGUUUGCCGAAGCACACACAUUUUUGGCACAAGCUAUUGAAAGGCCUCGAAUUUUCCAGCUUAUUGAAAGCCUCAAAUCUAGCUCAGCCAACAGCCAAACGCAAGAAGAGUUGGUGCAACAAACCGUGGCUAAUUUCUUACAGCGACUUCGACAAAACUAUCCCACUCUCUCCGAUGUUGUCGCCCCACUUGAGUACGCACUACAGCAACUGAAGCUUGGUCUCCGACUAUAUGCGUCUUCAAUCGCACAAACGGAAAGUAACCGAUCGGACGUCUCUGCGAUUACACAAUCCUUGCUUCAACGUCCCUCGAUCAGAUCAGCUCACGCUAUCCUUAAACUCGAUGUGGCUACCGUUUCUCCUGUUGUUCCCCUUGCCGUUUCUAGUUCUGAAGAUGCCCGUCUCGCCCUACGGCCGCUAACAAAACUCUACAAUUCUUUCCUGGAUCUCUGGUUAUCUCAAAAGGCUCGGGAAGCUCGCGCAGAAGAAGAUGCUAGGAGCUUAUACAAGCCGAACAAGCUUGAUAGUGCAGGAGAAAGCGAAGAAAUAGAAAUGGAGAGGGAAUUCAACGAGCUGUUCCCAUCGUUUGGUGAUAUUUUGGACGACACGACUCCCUCAGCUACACAUACUGCUCGCGAAAUUGUUCGCAGUAUUAUGUCUGUGACGACGAAGGACAUCGAAGAUAUCUAUCAACUCCAUAAUUCUUGGGCAAUGCUGCAAUCUGAUUCACAACAGGCUUCUUUACAUAUCUACUCCACGUACUCGAGACUGGCCGAUCGCCAUCUAGCGAGAAUUGUUCAAAAUUAUAGAGGCUCAUUGGACACAUCCGUCGAUGCCGCAGGAUUUUCGCGUCAGAUGGAAAUGCUCCGAUCGUCGAGGAACCACCUAGAAUCAAGCAUGAGUGCAGAUUUCAACUUUUACCAAGAUUACAGUGCCCUAGAGAUGAAUAAAGCAGCUCGAUUACUUGAUGACUUCUGUGCACGUUUGGCUACUCUGAUUGUCGAAUGGCCGGAUCAGAUGGUCCUGCAGCACUUGCAGGAAAGGUGCCAAGCGAUUCAGCAGCUACGACUCAACACGCCUCUUGCAAAGGUUCUCUCCGCCCUGGAACAACUCUUGCUCCAUACGGCUGACUGGGAGACAUACCCGAACAAAGAUAACUCAUUAAAGGGGCAACAGCAGCAGCUCACCGACCUUAUUAUCGACUGGCGACAAAUCGAAUUGAAGUCCUGGUCGACUCUCUUGGACAGGGAACUUCUUUCAUCUGCGAACUCCGUAUCUUCCUGGUGGCCCAGGCUGUAUGAGUCUAUAGUGGGCGUCAUUGCAUCGUUUGAAGGUGACCAGAUAAAAGUGUCCAACCACUUGCAACAACUUGUCCCUCUCCUCGACUCUUACCUCGCACAAAGUCCACUGGGGCAGUUCGAAUGCCGCUUGACUCUGCUUCGAUCAUUCGCUGAGCUAACAAAGCAACUUUCGGAAGACUCCAUUUCACUUGAGUCGUUCUCGAAAGUUUCGGAUGUUGUGAAGAGCUUAUGUGUCCAGUAUCUCGCAUUACUUCCACUUGUUCGUGAAUCUUUGAAGAAACAAAGGGCUACCCUUGACAAGGACAUUAAAGAUUUCAUCAAGCUUGCAAGCUGGAAAGAUACUAAUGUCCACGCGUUGAAACAAAGCGCCCAAAAAACCCAUCAUGUCCUGUACAAGUGUAUCCGAAAGUUCCGUGAAAUUAUCCGACAACCGGUCUCCGAUCUCGUUUCAUCCGCAGAGCCAAAUGAUCUCUCAGCCUCUGGUAACAACACCGUCGGUAGCCACUUCCCUGAGUUAGAGGUCCUACCUAUUACUCAACUUGCAACCGAACCAUCCAGCUCGCUUCAAAACAUCAACCUUCUGCUCGCACUCGAAAAAUACCAAGGAUAUGCCGGGGGCUUAGGGAAACAGCUUGUAUUCAACAAAGCAACGGAACUCAUUCAUGACUUGACUACUCGUAUCAUCUCUGGGGCCAAGGAACUGGCUGAUGUACCAGUACCAGAGUCAGGAGCACGGGCGCGACAUAUCAAGGCAUUGGUUUCGCGGAAACGGCGCGCUUGGAGCGAACUCCUUAAAGAACUCAAGAGACUUGGCCUAUCAGGUGCCAUCACUACUGAUACGUUCAUACAACAUGAAGAUCGUGCAUUCCUUCUCUCACUCUACGUCAACCCAGAUCACGGGCACUUUUUUUCGGAGGCUAUAUCGAAAAGUAAUCUCCAAUUUUCGAGACUAUUGCAAACUCUGCCUGAGAUGCGAGCCGCUCUCCCUCGCCACCACCCUGAUGUUUCGACUCGGGAUUUCCAGCGAGCCUGCAACUUAGUCGAGUCGUCGUUUUCACAUGUAAUCGAGGCACGAAAGAUUCUGAAAACUUCACUGGUAGCGUAUAGCCGGAUUUGUGAACGAUUAGAACGCAUUGUAGGCAUCCGCGCUUUGAUAAACGGAGGCGAUCCAGUAGCCAGUGUUGGCGAGCAGUCCCUUGGCUCGGUCCAUUCGAUCCAGGCAACAGUGGCUGAAAUCCACGCAUCUUUGGCCGAGCUGGUCAAAGAUAUUUCCCGAUUCCACUCGGUAGCCGAUACCUCAGAUGUCCCUGUCACUAUCAGAGAAGUCCUAGAAAACGCGACGACCGAAUCGGCGGAGAUUCUGACCUCAAUAACAAGCCUCAAGAAGCGUGGUACGUUAUUAGAGAUCCCAAUAUGGACGCGUGGAGAGGCAAAGGUCUUUGACAAUGCGAGGGUCUUCAUUUCGGAUAUCAAAGCGACGUUUGGCCGUAUCAGCAACGAUCCUUCCAUUCCAGUACGAUUGUUCCAACCUAUAUGCGAUUGGCUAAAGUCACUAGAGGUCCCUGUGCCACUGGACUAUCCUGAACCCAGGCCAGACGAAACACUGCCUUCCGUAGACGAAAUUAUUAGCAAACUUUUGACUGGAAUGCAGACAAUCGUUACGAGCCAAAACCUGACUAUGGCGCUUCUAAACGAAGAAGAAAUCCCAGACAAAGCUAUUCGGAUUGCUGUCGAACAUACUCGGAAGAUUACUUCGGUGCUCGGAAUUCCUGACAUCGAACAAGCAUUUGGACUAUUCGUGAGGAGAAUAGCGUGUAUGAACGGGGACCAAAUAGCCUACUCUAUCGAUCGCCUUGCGCCCUUCCUCCAAGUCUACACGAACUUAGCUCGCAAUGGCUUAGCUGAAACUCUCUCAUGGCUCGGCUCAAUCUCACGACUUACUAUAACCUUGGCCUCUACAGUUCGAAAUAUCAUGCAAAAGGGCUUUUGCAGACCUCCAGAUAUUGAGGAUGAAGGCGACAACAGCAAAGGAGGCCAGGAGCUUACAGAAGGGACCGGUAUGGGCGAAGGAUCCGGCGCUGAGAACAUUAGCAACCAGAUCGGGGACGAGUCGCAAGUCGAAGGGCUGAAAGGCGAAAAUGAUUCUGGUGAAAAAGGAAGCAAGAACGGCGAGGAUGGGGAAAACAAAGACGCAAUUGAAAUGAGCGAAGACUUCACAGGGGAGAUGGAAGAUGUCAGCAGCGAUGAUGAAGAUGAAGACGACGGGUCCAAAUCGGGAAGCGAGGGUGAUCCUGAAGAGCGAAUCCAAGAACUUGAUUCCGCCAACUCCAACAUUGUCGACGAAAAGCUAUGGAACGACGAGACCGCUUCAGAGAAACCAGAGGGGCAAGAUCAAGCGGGAGAAGAUAAGACUGCACAAUCCAACGAGCAAUCGCAGACAGCCGCCAAGGAAGACAAGCCACAACAGUCGAAAGAAAGCUCUAGAGUCAAUGAAUCAGAACAGCCUACUGAGGACGACAAGACGGAGCAAGUCUCAGAUGGAAGGAAAAUGGAUGAUUUUGUCCCAGAAGCCAACACGCUUGAUCUCCCCGACGACAUCGACCUUGGACCGAGUGAUGACAAAGAAGCUAAUGACACCGAAGAUGGAAUUGGAGAUGAAGACACCAUAAUGGGGGACGGUGAAUCGGUGGAUGAAUCGGCCGAUAACCAUGACGAGAGCCAUGAACCAGAUCCAACUUCCCAGGCGACCACCGACGAUGCGACUGAGGCAGAUCCGAACUUCGAAGCAGACCAGACAAUUCCGGGCGACAACAAAGAGAAAGGCGAUGAGGAACGAGAUCACAAUCCGGGACGUCAAGACAUCGAAGGAGGAGACAACCAAGAUACCGAUGCAUCUGGGCUCGACAACCAGGUUAGCUCGGGUGCCGAUCGAGGCAGGAGCAAUGACGGGGCGGUCAGUGAUCAGAACGAGUAUGAUCCAGGAGGGGAGCACACACCAGAAACCAAAACUGAUACGGCUGUAGAAAACGAUUCGACCGACCCAACUGCAGGAGGAAGUGACAUUCAAACUCGGCCCCAAGGUACAUCACAGCGACAAGAGAAACCUCCCAAACAAGAGCUACCAAACCCACUCAGGAGCCUUGGUGAUGCAUCGAAAGAAAUCCAACGACGCGUCGACGAGAUUCUUAAUAGGCAAAAUGCUCCGUCCAUACAACCUGAACCUGUUCAAGACGCCGCCGAGGUGGAAUACAUGCAAAAUGAGGAUGACGAUCAAGAAAUGCAGGCUUUAGGACCCUCAAAUGAGGUUGAUGAGACCGCCAAACUACGAGACCUCCGAAUUGAUGAAGACACUCAGGGAGUACCCCAAGACGACCGUACCGUUGAUGCAGACAUAGAAAUGGAUCCCGUAGCUCCCAGCAACGUCAAACAAGAGCCAGCUGAACCUCGAAAUCAUUCCCUUGAGGCCGCACUUACCGCUGAGGAAUUGAGCCACCCAAUGCAUGGUCCUAUGGAUAAUCUGGCUACGAAUUCCGAGACGAGCACCAAGCGAGAAGUCGAGCUUGAGGAAAACGUACCUCUUGAUUCUGCCAUGGUAGAGAGAACUAUUGCCGAAUGGCAAGCCAGUGGUAAAACCGUCAAAGAUGCCGAAGAAAUUUGGCGGCUGUACGAGAACCUUACGCAAGAUUCAUCCCAUGCACUAUGCGAGCAAUUGCGGCUUAUUUUAGCACCAACCCGUGCGACGCGAUUGCGUGGGGACUUCAGAACGGGCAAACGAUUGAAUAUGAAGAAACUCGUACCUUAUGUUGCUUCAGACUUUACUCGGGACAAGAUCUGGUUGCGUCGUACCCGUCCGGCUGCACGAGAGUACCAAGUAUUACUCGCCGUCGAUGAUUCGCGCAGUAUGGCCCGGGAGCCGCACACAAUCCACUUGACACGCCAGGCUUUGGCCCUUGUCGCGCGGGCGCUUGAGAAGCUCGAAGUUGGUGAACUAGCCUUGGCCAGAUUCGGUCGUGAAAUGGAGGUGGUGCAUGAGUUCGGUGCAGGCGUGCUUCAAGGUGGUGCUGCGCUCAACAAGUUCACAUUUAACCAGCCCGCAACGGAUGUGCUCCGGUUGGUCGAAUCAAGUCUGGACGUGCUCCGCUCGGCCAGGGAAGGCAGCAACACUUCAUCCUCCGCCGACCUGUGGCAGCUUGAAAUCGUAAUUUCCGACGGGAUUUGCCAGGACCAUGAGCGCUUGCGGACCGUUCUCCGACGAGCUGAAGAGGAGCGAGUAAUGGUGGUCUUUGUGGUUGUCGAUACUCCGGCUAGCAAUGGGUCCCAGGAAAGUUCAAUCGUAUCGAUGUUGCAGCCCACUAUCAAGAUGGUCAACGGUAAGAUGGAUAUUCAAAUGGAGCGUUAUCUCGAUUCGUUCCCGUUCCGGUACUUUGUGGUUCUCCGCGACGUCGACGCGCUGCCUUCCGUCUUGGCCGGAACACUCCGACAAUUCUUUGAACGUAUAUCUGAGGAUUAG